GGCGUCGAAGCGGGUUGGAGGAGUCGCGAUCGCCCUCUCUCAACGACCGAGGCGGUUCUCGCUCUCGACAUUCUUGGUGGUUGAUCUCAGACCGACUCCCUGCCCCUCGCUCCAACGCCAGAAUGGAGGUCCUCGAUCUGCGCUCAACAAUGAUCACCAACGCCGAGGUGAUCGCCUUCAUCAAGGAAGUGGACCAACAGCGCAAAGAAGAUCCCCGGCUCAAAUACCAGUCGUCGUCCGAGUUCCAGGAUUUGAAUACGGUCGAGUUUGAGGUGCUCAAGUACGCCCAGAAGCAUCCGAUGUGCGAUCCCUCUCAGAUUCCUGCAUUCGUGGCCGCUCUGGCAGAGAAGAGCUACCAGCUCACCAAGGCCGAGAAGCUGCAGCUGAUCAACCAACGGCCAGUCACCCAAGUCCAUCUGUACCAGAUCAUCGAGGAAUGUGAAAAGCGCCUGAGCGAUGAGGACCAAGCGAAUGUGAUGCACCUGGUUCGGUCGAUGCUCAAGUAGAUGCCCAGGCACAUAUGCUCGAGUGGAGCCAGCGAGUGUGUCCAAUACAGCCUGUUUCUAAUGAAUCGCUCGCUGCAAGAUCUUGCUCGGGCUCUUCAGCGGCUCGCUCCUCCCUCAUACGAUCGGAUCCGCCUGCCUUGCGCUGCUGCUACUAUAGGUACUGCUGCUGCGAACCGGUGUCUGCAUUUUCGCAUGCGGCAAGUACAGCCUGUUGAAGAACAAUGGGACACAUCGACUCAUUCGACAAACACGGCGUAGUCGGAUCAAAUCACACACCCAGUCAAGUGGAUCUAAUCAUUUCCCUGUGUGUUCCUGGGAUGAGGGAGGAAGAUGCGGGGCAAAGAGCAAAAUCGCCGGAGAACCUCAGCGAGCGGAUUAUAUAUCAAAGUCGUCUGAUUCACACAACCCACACAGUCCACGCAAGGCAUCCGUCUGUGAAGGUGUCCC